UCUAAUUGAUUGCCCACAGAACAUUCUUCCAGAAAUCUAGAGGCUCAUCCAAGCACUUAAUGGCAAGUUUGAGAUGAGCAUCAAUAUUCUUAAUGAAUCAUCAUUUCCAUCCUGCUACUUUUCCAUGAAUUCCACCUUAACCCAGUACUUUUCUAAUAGUGAAGCUAAGGCAAGAGAGGCCUAGAUGUUCUGAGGUUCUCCAUAAGCAACCUCAUUGCCUUCUUCCUGGGUGUUUUUUUUUUUUUUUUUUUAUGAUUUCCUAGCUUACUGCAAAAAGUUUUGGAGCCUUUCUGAAAACCUUUGGUGACUGAACAGUGCAGAGAGUUAAUUAUGAGGUUGUUGUUCCUGGUAAGCAAGGAGAGGUGGCUGGAUUACAAAUGGUGGGUUACUGGAGAUUUAUUGAAGUACUGAUUUGGCAAUUCUAUUGUUACAUUUUGUUAUGUUUAUUGGAUUGGAACUAAGACCCUCGAAACAUUAUGAUUGAAACAGUAUAUAAAUCUUAGUAAAUAAAUACAUCUGCAGCACUGGGACUUUCUGGUGGUUUCCCAUCUAAAUACUAACCAAUCUCAACCCUGAUUAGAUUUUUCAACAUCAGCAAGGUUGUCUCCGUCUUCCCUAUGAUGUAGCUCUCAAAAUAUAUAGUUUGUCAUUGCAACACCCUAAAAAUCAGAGCUUGGGAAUGGAAUUGUUAAAACAAAGAUCUUGAGCUGUAGAUCAAGCUUUCUCAUCUCCCUCCAUGGGUUGUUUGAAUUUGUGGACCAGCCGAGGAGAGCCGAUGAGAGUUCUCUGGGAGGGUAGAUCAGCGAAGAGAAGCAACGUCUCGUCUGAAAGCACCAGGAAGUCAUCGAAAAGAAGGCGAGAGGGAGAUUUAGCUGGGAGGAAAGUUGUCCCCAGAGUGACUCCGCAGAGCAAUGUCCACCGUUGGGCCAGUCUUCGGAGGCCAAAUGCUUGGCCAAGAGCCACACAGCCUCAAGAGCAGAGUGGCGGGAAGAUACUGCGAUGAGGGAGGGAGAAAAGCAGGCAAGAAAGGGGAGGGGGUCACUCUCCGCGAGGAACGGGGAAAGGCACCGUCGCCUAGAGGUGGCUAGCAAAUCGCCCACUCCCACUUCACACACUCUGCUCGGUGGGCUCCGGAGGAGGGGACACCGCGGGCGGCGUGAGAGUCCACGUUACCUGCGCGACGCCGCCCAGCCCCCAGCCCGCCCGGUAGCGGCAGGCAGCGGCGCGCUCUCCUCAGAGCGCGGAGAGGCUGGGCCGGGCGAGGCGAAGCUGGCGAGAAGCCGGACCUGCUUGGCGCUCCUCCCCGCCUGCGCCCAGCACGGCUGCCGCGGUCAUGACCGAUAACAUCCCCUUGCAGCCGGUCAGGCAGAAGAAGCGGAUGGACAGCAAGCACCGCGGCGGAUGUUGUGAAUGCCUAAGAUGUUGUGGAAGAAGAGACCCCAGGCCUCGAACAGUUUGGCUUGGCCAUCCAGAAAAGAGGGAUCAGAGAUAUCCACGCAACGUCAUCAACAACCAGAAAUACAACUUCUUUACUUUUCUACCAGGAGUCCUGUUCAACCAAUUCAAGUACUUCUUCAACCUCUACUUCUUAUUUCUUGCCUGUUCUCAAUUUGUUCCUGAAAUGAGGCUUGGUGCACUUUACACAUAUUGGGUUCCACUGGGCUUUGUGCUUACUGUUACCAUCAUCCGUGAGGCUGUAGAAGAGAUCCGAUGUUACAUGCGUGACAAGGAAGUGAACUCUCAGAUUUACAGCAAGCUCACAGCGAGGGGCACAGUGAAGGUGAAAAGUUCUAAUAUUCAAGUGGGGGACCUUAUCAUUGUGGAAAAGAACCAACGGGUCCCUGCUGACAUGAUCUUCUUGAGAACAUCAGAAAAGAACGGGUCCUGUUUUCUCCGAACGGAUCAACUGGAUGGUGAAACAGAUUGGAAGCUGCGUCUGCCUGUCAGCUGUACUCAGAGGUUACCUACUGCUUCUGAUCUUCUUCAGAUCAGGUCAUAUGUGUAUGCAGAGGAGCCAAACAUUGACAUCCACAACUUCAUUGGGACAUUCACAAGAGAGGACAGUGACCCUCCUGUGAAUGAGAGCUUGAGCAUUGAAAAUACCCUCUGGGCUAGCACAGUAAUUGCUUCAGGAACAGUUGUGGGAGUUGUUCUCUAUACAGGGCAGGAGUUGCGCAGUGUCAUGAACACAUCAAAUCCACGGAGUAAGAUUGGUCUCUUUGACUUGGAAGUCAACUGCCUCACCAAGAUACUCUUUGGGGCCUUGGUGGUGGUCUCCCUUGUCAUGGUCUCCCUUCAACACUUUGCUGGCCGCUGGUACCUUCAGAUCAUCAGAUUUCUUCUUCUGUUCUCAAAUAUAAUUCCUAUCAGUUUACGGGUGAAUCUUGAUAUGGGAAAAAUUGUCUACAGCUGGAUGAUCCGGAGGGAUUCUAAAAUUCCUGGCACAGUAGUCCGAUCUAGCACAAUCCCAGAGCAGCUAGGAAGAAUAUCCUAUUUGCUUACUGAUAAGACAGGGACUCUAACACAGAAUGAGAUGGUUUUCAAACGUGUCCAUCUUGGAACAAUGGCUUAUGGAUUUGACUCCAUAGAUGAAGUUCAGAGCCAUAUUUUUAGCAUAUAUACACAGUCCCAGGAACCACCUGCUUUAAAAGCACCCAGCCUGGCUACCAAAGUACGAAAAACUCUGAGCAGUCGUGUCCAUGAGGCAGUGAAAGCAGUCGCGCUCUGCCACAAUGUGACUCCCGUCUAUGAAUCAAAUGGUGUGACAGAUCAGGCCGAAGCUGAGAAGCAUUAUGAAGAUUCUUGCAGGGUAUACCAAGCUGCUAGUCCUGAUGAGGUGGCCUUGGUGCAAUGGACAGAAAGUGUUGGCUUGACACUGGUGGGAAGGGAUCAAGCUUCUGUGCAGCUGAGGACCCCUGGUGGCCACAUUCUAAACUACACCAUCCUCCAGAUUUUCCCUUUCACCUACGAAAGUAAACGAAUGGGAAUUAUUGUUCGGGAUGAAUCUACAGGAGAAAUAACAUUCUACAUGAAAGGGGCGGAUGUGGUUAUGGCAGGCAUUGUUCAGUACAAUGACUGGCUAGAGGAAGAGUGUGGUAACAUGGCGAGAGAAGGACUAAGGGUCCUUGUAGUAGCAAAGAAAUCCCUGUCUGAGGAGCAAUAUCAAGAUUUUGAGGCCCGCUAUGUCCAAGCAAAAUUAAGCGUCCACGAUCGUUCCCUGAAGGUAGCCACUGUAAUCGAGAGUCUGGAGAUGGAGAUGGAGCUGCUCUGUCUGACUGGAGUAGAAGAUCAGCUACAGGUGGAUGUCAGGCCAACCCUGGAAACUCUGAAAAAUGCUGGCAUUAAGGUAUGGAUGCUUACAGGGGAUAAACUGGAAACAGCCACGUGUACAGCUAAAAAUGCACAUCUGGUAACCAGGUCUCAGGACAUUCAUAUAUUUAGACUGGUGACCAACCGUGGAGAAGCACAUUUGGAGCUGAAUGCCUUCCGCCGCAAGCAUGACUGUGCCCUGGUGAUUUCUGGGGAUUCCUUGGAGGUAUGCUUGAAAUACUAUGAGUAUGAGUUCAUGGAACUGGCUUGCCAGUGUCCAGCAGUGGUCUGCUGCAGAUGUGCCCCAACACAAAAGGCUCAGAUUGUACGCUUACUCAAGGAGAGAACUGGGAAGCUGACCUGCGCAGUAGGUGAUGGUGGAAAUGAUGUCAGUAUGAUUCAGGAGGCAGACUGUGGUGUUGGUGUUGAAGGAAAGGAAGGGAAACAAGCUUCUCUUGCAGCAGAUUUCUCCAUCACUCAGUUUAAGCACCUGGGCCGAUUACUGAUGGUGCAUGGAAGAAAUAGCUACAAAAGAUCUGCUGCUCUCAGCCAAUUUGUGAUCCACAGAAGCUUGUGCAUCAGUACCAUGCAGGCAGUUUUCUCUUCGGUGUUUUACUUUGCUUCUGUUCCCCUCUAUCAAGGCUUUCUCAUAAUUGGGUAUUCUACCCUCUACACCAUGUUUCCAGUAUUCUCUCUAGUCCUGGACAAAGAUGUCAAAGCAGUAGUGGCCAUGUUGUACCCAGAGCUCUACAAAGAUCUCCUGAAGGGAAGGCCAUUAUCUUAUAAGACAUUUUUAAUCUGGGUCUUAAUAAGUAUCUACCAAGGCAGCAUAAUUAUGUAUGGUGCACUUCUGCUUUUUGAGUCCGAAUUCGUCCACAUUGUGGCAAUUUCCUUCACAUCCUUGAUCAUCACUGAACUGUUGAUGGUGGCACUGACCAUCCAGACGUGGCAUUGGCUCAUGAUAGUGGCAGAAUUACUCAGCCUCUCAUGCUACAUUGCCUCGCUGGUCUUCUUACAUGAAUUUAUUGAUGUUUACUUCAUAACAACCUUAUCAUUCUUAUGGAAGGUGACUGUGAUCACCCUAGUCAGCUGUCUUCCUCUCUAUGUCCUCAAAUAUCUGAGACGAAGGUUUUCUCCCCCAAGUUAUUCAAAACUCACAUCAUAGGAGCAAGAACUCACUUUUCUUCUUUGCACAGUACUUACAGACUCAAUAAAUGUGUAUUCGUCAUAAUCAGAGCGAUGUCUGACAGUUGGAUAAGGAAUCUGCAUUGGCUGGAGAACACUGCUGAAAGACUGAAUAAUUCAGUUAAAAGAAAUAUCUCACAGUCAAACGAAGCAGGGAGAACUUACAUGGGUGAUCCAGUUUUGUCACUUUAUAUUUAUCAAACUGAAAACAAAUGCAUGUAACUGGGAAGAAAAAGCUGUCUGCCUGUGUCUACUUAUCUGGAAAGUGCUGAGUCAGCUGUUGAUAUGACAAUUUUUUCAAAUGUAUUUUCCUUUUUUAUGGGGGUUGACUUAUUUAAUUUCCUCAUUUUUUUUAUUGCUACUUAACUUUUGAGUUCAGGUCCUCAUUGUAAACAUUUUCUGUGCCUUGGGAAAUGCUUUCAACUGAGUGACACAACAGUGUACAGUUAGCAGGCCACUGUACAUACCUCAUGCCGUGCUGACCUCUUUGAUGUGGUCCAAUGCAAAUCAAAGUUACUGAUUUCUAUUGGCUACAAUUUCCUUGAAUUCUCUGAGAAAAAGGAAUUCACAGACGAGUAUUUCCAGUUAUGACAUCUUGUGAUUGUUUUCUAAAGGGAAUACGUGUUGCUCAUAAAGAGGAAAUUAUUGAAAAGAUUUGGGGGAGAAGAAAAUUGUAGCCCCAUAUCCUGGUUCUGCAAGGACAAACAGCCCAUUUAUUAACACUAAUGUGAGAGUGGAAAAUGGAUGGCAGAAAGUAAGUUGAACAGUCAGAAGCUUAAGUUUCACCCUACAAUUCACCCCCAUUACUUCUGCAACCUCCAGCUGUCUUUCCUGAGGUUUCUUCCAAAUGGUUCAUCAACUAAAAACAAGCUUGGCUGCCAAAACCAAAGAGAAUAAAGUGAAUGAGAUAAUUGACAGGUAAGAAAAAGGAUCAGACAUUAGGGCUGGGAAAGUCUCUAAGAGUUAUUGAACAAAUGUUUGCGCAAAGCUCCCCUCUGAAGCUCCUUCACAAACUUUUAGUCAUGUUGUUUUGUGUCAUUCUGGAAGAUGCUUUGCUCAUAUGUGUGCAAGAGCAUCUUCUGGCCAAUGGAACGCCCAGAAGGGACUCAGACGGAUGCAGAAGUUGUUACCUCUAUGGCUUGAUCUGUUCUGUCCAGGCAUAAAGCUCCUUGUCACUGCCUUCUUGGAUACUUGUUAAACAUCCCUAUUAAGAUUCUUAAUGCUAAUUCUCCCAAGCAUAUCCCCCAGCUCAAAUCACCACUAACCACCAAGUCUGUGCUCGAUGAGGUAAUGAAUAUUUUCUCCUAGUAUGCAGGUUUUAUUAGACUUUUCCCCAAGUUCUUUAUGGCAAUUAUAAAUGUGCAGUUGGAUCCUCGCUCUGGACAAGUGGAGAAGAAAAAGUGGGAAAUCUUCUUUGCUGGUCUUUGCUGCUUCAUCUUCCUUUUCAUUUCCUUCACUGCUCUAUGAAAAAGGAAAAAUUCUCCCCACUGAGCAAAUGGCACUAGGCUGAUUUGAGCAUUGUGGCACUUGGAGUUUAGAUUUCGUGUAGGGGAGAGAUGGGGUCUAGAAUGUUAUACUCAGCUAAAAUAUUGUUAUCAGUUUAGUUGAGCAAAUCCUUUGAACUCUGAUGCUUCAAACUGGACACAGUAUUCCAAGUGGGCUAUGACUAGGCAGAGUAGAGUGGAAUAAUUACUCUCACGAUCUGGAUUCUGUAUUAAUCCACAUUAAUGCACCCCAAGAUAACAUUUGUAGCGGCUGCAUCACACAGCUGGCUCAUAUUUAAUUUCUGGUCAGUAAGGACAUCCAGAUCCUAUCACAUACACUGCUGUCCAGCCAGGUCUCCCCCUUCCUGUACUGGCACCUUUCAUUUUUUGGUCUUCCCAAAUGCAGAAUUUAACAUUUCUCUGUGUUAAACUCCAUCCUCUUCACUUCAACCCAUCACUUAAGCCUGAUUAGAUAUUUUGAAUCUUAUUUCGUUCCUGAAAAGCAUUAGCUGCUCCCGGCUUGGUGUCAAUCUGCAGACUUGACAAACAUCCUCAACUCCCUCAUUCAAGUCAUUGAUGAAAACGUUGAACAGCAUAGGAUAUUGUGAUAGCGUUCCACUUGAAACUUUCCUUCAAGUGGAAAUGAGCCCUUUUUGAGCAUGGUCAUUGAGCCAAUUUUGAGUCCAACAGCAAUAUCAUCUAGACCAGAAGACAGACACAAAAUAGGAAUUAAGAAUUACUGCUUUUUCCUUGCAAUGGACCUUUGCAACUUCUUUUGCUUUAUUUUAAUUUCUGACAUACCCUAAUACCCAAUUCUAGAUUGAAAAUACCAUUUCCCCCCCUCUUUUUGGUUUUAACUUAGUACAUAGGUUUGCCUGUGCUGUACAGCAGACCGGGCAAUGACGCUGUCUAAUGAUUUCAAUAAGAUCUUGUUGAAUUGGGCCUGUUGUUUUAGUAGCAGUGAAAAAUUUUUAUGGGGUCAGUUUGUUAAUUCAAUGGACAAUGUUCCUCCUUUCUCAUCUGUGCUUAGGAGCAACAAUGGCAGAGUUUUAUUUUGAGAGAUGGACUAUAAUAUAGUGUGGUCAACAGCCAGUGAUUCACUAUUUAGUUAGCUUAAAUUAAUUCACUGCUAGGUGCCUUCCAGAUAAGCUGAUUACACCUAUAAACCCCAACCAAUGCAGUGAACAGUCAUGUGAUUCGGAAUUCUGGGAGCUGUACUCAAACACAUCUGAAGGACAGAAAAUUGGGGAAUGUUGAAACUAUGUUCAGCAUUUUCAUUAUCUCUCUUUGUUUUGCAUUUCUAAAGGCCAAGUUAAUUUGUGUAAGGAUACCUUUUGCAUGCACACAUCUUAAUGGGAGAGGCACAUUCACUUGAAUAAUACAUUUCAUUGUUUUUCAUAAUGCAAUGAUCAUCUUUCCAUUGCUGGCCAUAUUAACACAUGUAACAAAAAAGGGAAUGCAUUUAUUGAACUGAAUAAAUGCAUUUAUUGAAUUUAAUAACUCAGUUAAGGAACUCCUAUAUAGCCGCAGUAACAAGGACUAAUGUAAUCUGUUGUGUAACACAUUUUAUGGACUCUCUCUGACUUAUUGCUUUUGUAGCUAACAGCUUACACUGACUAGUCUGAAAUGUCUUUCUUUCUGAAAGUCAGCUGCAUGGUUUAAGUUUUGGGUCCUUUAAAAAAGUAAUUAUAAAGAGCUAGUUGUACUUAAGGAGAAAAUGAAGUACCUUUCUGUAAAGAUUUUGAAUUUUGAUAAUCCUAUGUCUCGGGGAGUAUGCCUGUUCAGUCCCAUUGAACUGAAAUGGAAGUUGCACAAAUGUACUCUUUAGAAUGAACUGUAGUAUUUUCAGUUGGAUUUACACUAGCAAACAUUGUUCUAGAUUGUGCUUUACUCUUUGGAAAAUAGGAGAUGAUUUGGCAGCAUUACUUAAGGUGGAAAAUAUUUGCAGUUCAUCUACAGCUUUAUGGAAAUUGCCGAUAAAUAUGAUUUCUUUUUGCAGGUGGUUACUAAAACAUUUUUGGAUCAAUACAGUGAUACUCUCCCCAUGUUGCUGGGUCAUUAAAUCAGUCCAGUUAUGUUCCUAAUACAUUCCUGAUUAUUCUCUGUUCCUUGCCACUUCUGAAUCUUAAGUGCAUUCCCAGAUAAAGUAGAGUGGAAAUUCUGGGCACACUUCGGAGUAACUCUUCUUGAACUCACUGGGGCUUAUGCGUAAGAAAGUAUACAUUAGACUGGGCUGUAAAGGACACUUUCCUUUACAUGACUGAAGGAUCCAGAAGUAAAAUACUAUUAUCCUAAUCCUGUGUAAUGAAAGAGACUGCAAAUGGGGAGGUUAGUUGGUUGAUACAAGUGAAAUAGCUGCUAUUUCUUCUAUUUUUUUUUCCUGCAGGAGAGGGGAUAGGCACUGAUAUAUUUGGGGAAAGGGCACAAAACUUGCAUUUUAUUUUUUUUUACCAACUAUAGCUACUUCCUUACAGUAUCUUUUAUUUUUUUAUAUAACUUUGGUGCUUGUAUAGAGUAGUUUUCCCCAAUUAAUUACCUUUCAUUUUUGUUGGACUUCUGUUAUUCCUAAUCAGCUAGGAAUAGUGAGAAUUGAAAUUUGGCAUCUCUGGAGGAUGCAAAGUUGGGAAAAGUUGGUGUAGUGGAAUUAUGAUGUUAAUUCUCAGUGAUGUCAGCCAUUGUCCAUUGGAUGCUUAAAUAGCCCCACUGCACAAAGAAUUUACAAGAAUAGAGACAAAGAUACCAAGAAAGCAAGAUAUCUACUAUUACUGUUUAAACACUGGGACAUUUUGAUAACUGCACAAAUUCUGUAACGGUGUUGAUUUCACAUUGGAAAUAAGCCUAUGUGGUCAUUACAUUGAUAGGGAACACUUGGGGAUAAACCCAUGAUGGAAUGCGUCAGGGUGAGUGAACCUUUUCCCCUUCGAAAGUAAUUGAACUACAGUUUCCAGUAGCCCCAGACAGCAGGACCAUUGGUAAGGGGUGCCGGGAGCUGUAAUUUAUUCGAGAGUUGAGAGUCCAUAGAUUCCCCGCCCUGGACUGCAUCAGUUGCCACUUGAUGCUGAGGCAAAUGCUUUCAGUUCAUGACUCUUGCAUGCUGGGCCUGGUUAGAAGACUUGCAUGACAUGAAAACAGAAAUGUUCCUUUUAGGACCUUUAUGAGUCCUUGGGCACUUAAGGCAUGGAAUCAUUAACGAGACUUUUCAUUUGUAGGACCUUCUUUCAUUUAGGCCUUUGUGAGGACUGCAUUUUGCGCCUUGCCUUUUCCUCUUGGCAGAUGAUGCCAUCAUCUCCAGUGCCAAAUUUCCUUUGGACUCAGAUACAUAACUUACGCCUGAGGGCCACGCAGUGCUUUAUGCAAUAGGUCAAGGGCCAUGCUCCAAAAAAUGGAACUAAGAUCCAUUUAAGCUCUCCCCAUUUCAAAAAGUGAAAAAAGACCAAAAAUUCUGGGAGGGUCUCUGGGGAGCACAGAAGGGAACACCACAUACAGCCUCCUAGUGAUGCUUUUUGUACUUCUACCUUGCAACAUGCAUAUCAUACAAGAGUACUAUCUUAAGGAAAUAUCCCUGAGGUGGAUCCUUAUACAGGUAGUCCUCGUUUAGGGACCAUUCACAGUUAUGACAGUGAUGAAAAAGUAACUUUACUACCAAUC